GUUUAUUAAAUUCCAGCCGUGUCGCUGUAAUUUGCCGUACAUGACGCUUCAAAUGAUCAAGGUGGGUCUCAACAUUGAAGAGAUCGCCAUCAUCUACUCGGUCCUGCCAUUCGUCACUUCCGUCAUGCCUCCAAUAGCUGGUAUGCUGGCGGACAGGUUUCACUGCUACAAGUUUAUCUUGAUCGUCAUCGUCGCUUCGGUGGCCGUUUUCCACACGUCCCUGCUGCACAUCGACGCUCGCAUUUCGGCCGAGGUCCAGCAGUCGUCGGGAUCGGAUUUCGAAACUCCCGCCGAAAUCUUCUGCAGCCGCUUGGGCGCCGUCCUGCGCUUCGAGAACUAUACUCGUGCGACGCCAGCAGCAGCAGCAAUCACCGGGAAAUGUGGACGGUCGACUGGACGCCGUCGCAGUGCCGGCCGAUGGAUUGCCAUGGAGUGCCGGCCCGGAUGCAGCUCUGCCUCUCGGACGGCAACUGCACGCAAAUCGCGACCGGAUCGACGUCCGUGCUGGAAAUGGACGCCUUGCUCGAGGUGCUGAACGUGACGCCCUGAUGGACGGGCGGAGAGAAUAACGACGUCGGCAACUGCACCGCCCAAAUCGUCAGCGCUCAAACGGACCAGACUCGAAUUCCGGCCUCGCUCCUUUGCAACUGCCCGAUCCGCUGUCCGGCCGUCGCGGCACCGAUCUCAUCCGAGCUGGACAACAAUUCCAGUCUCAGCAGUAGCGCCGACUUGUUGUCUGUCGAGCAGCAAAAGGAAUUGGAUCGACUCAAACACAAUCGAGGAUUCUGGCUCUAUUUCAUCCUUCGGAUCAUCGCUUCCGGUUCUCUAACAACCUCUUUCUCCAUGUUUGUUUAAUUUUUAGGGUUUUCAUCCGCAAUUGAUUUUUAAAACUUAAUCAGCGAUUAUUUUUUUGGUGGGGUUUAAUUGAAGGUUGGAUGCAACUGCCAUUAAAAUGGUCAAGAAACAUCACGGCGAUUUGGGCAAACAGCGUCUCUUUGGCGUCAUUGGCCAAGCCAUUUGCGAAUGUAUAAUGUUUAAGAAAUGUCUUAGUUACAUUAUUAAACAUUUAUUUGAAACAUUUGUGCUGAUCAGGCCGUUCUCGCUGGAAUAAUACUCGACUGGACGGUCGUCGGAAAAGGUUACCCCGACUACUCGAUCACCUGCUAUUUGGCCGACGGCAUGUUCGUCGUGGUGGUUCUACUGAUGAGCCAAUUGGACGUCGGCGUCGAGGAGCACAGCGAGGCCACCAAACUUUUGACGAGCAUCUCGAAACUGAUCCGGCUGAUCGACGUCGACAUCUUCAUGAUCAUGAUGCUGCUGCUAGGCACCUGUUGGGGAUUCCUCGUGUCCUUUCUCUUCGUUUACCUGACCUAACUGGAGGCCAGCAGUUAAAGUCGAAAAGUCUUCUUUAUCUAUGUUUACGUGGCCAAUCGGUUUUUCACAAUUUCAGCGAACUGGCAACUUCGGACGUUAGCCAACUCUAUAGUAUUAUGCAACACUGUGAUUCUUGUUGCAGACGACUAUUUUUACCAGACGAUUUGAAAAUCCUGAUCAUUAGUUGUUUUACAAUGUAUUCGCGAAAAGAAAAACUCAUUAAACAACUUACAGCACUAGUGACUGUAACUUUAGGUGGAACCGCAACUUUUGCAAGUCUUUGUAUUUGGAAUGGCAACGAGAGCUUUUUUUCCGAUUAUGUAAUGCCCUUCACUCGUCGUCUUGAUCCAGAGACAUCUCAUAAACUUGCCGUGUUUGCCAUGAAACAUUGUCUCAUUAAAAAGCAAGUGAAACCUGAUCCAGAAUCUAUAGCCACCAGGUUGUGGGGGAUGAAUUUUUCAAACCCUAUUGGAUUGGCUGCAGGGUUUGACAAACAAGCAGAAGCUAUGCAAGGGUUACACAGAACAGGGUUUGGAUUUGUUGAGAUUGGUUCUGUUACCCCAGAGCCUCAAGAUGGAAAUAAAAAACCUAGAGUAUUUCGACUUGAUGAAGACAAAGCGAUCAUAAACAGAUAUGGAUUCAACUCUGAAGGCCAUGAAGCAGUAUACAGUAGAGUGAAGAUGGAAGGAGAAAAGCCAGAAAGAGCUGUUAUAGGAGUUAAUUUAGGAAAGAACAAACUAUCCGCUAUGGAAGAUGUAGGAGAUUACGUCGAUGGAGUGAAAAAAUUUGGUGCCAUUGCUGAUUAUCUAGUCAUCAACGUAUCCAGCCCUAAUACUGCGGGGCUGAGGGGACUCCAGCAAAAAAACGAGCUAGAGAAUCUCAUUUCCUGUGUUUUGGAAGCUAGAAACAAUCUUGGUGUUACUAAACUGCCUCCACUUCUGCUCAAAAUUGCGCCAGAUCUCAAUGAAGAGGAAAGAAAAGAUAUUGCCAACGUCAUUUUGAAGGAGCAUUGUCGUGUAGAUGGUAUUAUCGUGUGUAACACUACCACCAGUCGACCAUCUGAUCUAAAGAGCGAAUUCAAAGAUCAAACUGGUGGCCUGAGUGGUCAACCAUUAAAGGACAUUUCCACUCGCUGUAUCGGAGAUUUCUAUCGUCUGACAGGCGGCCAAAUUCCUAUUAUUGGUGUCGGUGGUGUUGCUACCGGCCAGGAUGCUUUCGAAAAGAUUCUGGCUGGCGCCAGUCUUGUCCAAUUAUACACUUCCUUUGCUUUUCAAGGUCCACCUAUCGUCAGGCGAAUCAAACGCGAAUUGGAUGACAUUUUAAGAUCGAAAGGAUACAAAAAUAUCUCGGAAGCCAUUGGAAAAUCUGCGUUGAGUAGUUAAAAUUUUAAACACACCAGCUAUAUACAUUUAAGUAUGUUCUAUUGAUUAUGUUUACCGUCAAUACAUGCCAGAAUUUUAUUGCAUA